AUGAGUACGAAUAAUCAACCAUCAAUAAACAUCGAAAACAAAACAAUAUCACCGAAAAAAAAACGUGUUCUCAAACGUGUUUUAAGUGAAAAAGAUGACAGCGACGAAGAGGAAAAUAAAAAAUCGAAAAUUGAAAACUUAAAAUCCAUUGAUUCUAAGUUAGAACAAAUAGAAAUAACAACAACAACAGAAAUUAAAACGUCAGAUGAAACAAAAAUAGUAGAAACAACAACAAUACCAACAAUUGAACAAAAUGUAAUAAUUAUCGAUUCAAAAGAUUAUCAACCGGAUAAAGAACAUUAUCAUCCGAUUAAUGAUGCAUGUUGGAAUGUUCCAUAUUCUGCUUUAUCAAAAACAUUAUACUUAAUCGAAUGUAUAUCAAAACGUUUAGAAAUUAUUCGUAUAUUAACAAAUUUCUAUCGUUCUGUUUUAUGUUUGAGUAAACAUGAUUUAUUAUAUUGUGUUUAUCUAUGUUUAAAUAAAUUGGCACCAGAGUAUUAUGGACUUGAAUUAGGUAUUGGUGAUACAAUUAUUAUGAAAGCAAUUGGACAAAGUACAGGACGAACAGUCGAAAAAUUAAAAACCGACUUUCAUACACAAGGAGAUUUGGGUCUUGUAGCCGAAACAUCUCGUUGUACUCAACGAACAAUGUUUAAACCAAAACCGUUAACUGUCUCAAUUGUUUAUACAAAACUAAAAGAAAUUGCACAAAUGACUGGACAAUCAAGUCAAAAUAAAAAAAUUGAUAUCAUUAAAUGUUUAUUGGUGUCCUGUCAAUCGUAUGAAAGUCGCUAUUUGGUUCGAUCAUUAACAGGAAAAUUACGCAUUGGUUUAGCCGAACAAUCAUUACUCGUCGCUUUAGCACAUGCUGCUACAAUUACACCACCUUCAUCCGACUAUCCACCACCUGUCUUAAAUUCAUUAAAAAAAUUAAAUCCAGAAUUAGCAAAAAAGAAAUUAGCGGAUAGUGCUCUAUUAUUAAAAACAACCUACUGUGAAUGUCCAUCGUAUGAUACAAUUAUUCAAGUUUUAUGCGAGAAAGGAUUAGAACAAUUACCGUUCGAAUGUAAAUCAGCACCAGGCGUGGCAUCGGAUUUCCUCGAAGCCCCAGGAUCAAUAUUUCUUUAG